GGGCGUAGGAGGUUGGCAGCCAUAUUGUAAUGUUAUAGAUCCCUUUUGAGAGUUGUUUGAGUCUUAGCAAUAUUUUGAUUUAUCUUAAACAUCCUGCAUUUUAUUGUUCAGAGGAUCUUGUGAUUCGUUUGUGAAAAUUUUACAUUAUAUUGUAACGUAGUGGUGAUUGUGUACUACGCUAUUAAAACAAAAUUAUCGAUUAUUUCUUCCCAUAUAGGGAAUAGGGCCUAAAUUCCAAGUAGAAGAUGGGUACUCGAGACGAUGAGUAUGACUAUUUAUUCAAAGUGGUACUCAUUGGAGAUUCAGGAGUGGGAAAAAGUAACUUAUUAUCACGUUUUACACGCAAUGAGUUCAAUUUGGAGUCAAAGUCGACAAUAGGAGUGGAGUUUGCAACUAGGAGUAUACAGGUGGAUGGAAAGACGAUUAAAGCCCAAAUAUGGGAUACAGCAGGACAGGAGCGAUACAGAGCCAUUACAUCUGCAUACUAUCGUGGUGCUGUGGGAGCAUUGUUGGUUUAUGAUAUUGCAAAACAUCUGACAUAUGAGAAUGUCGAACGAUGGUUGAGAGAGCUGAGGGACCAUGCAGACCAGAAUAUAGUUAUCAUGUUGGUAGGCAACAAAUCAGAUUUAAGACACCUGCGAGCUGUCCCAACAGAUGAAGCCAAAGCAUUUGCUGAGAGAAAUGGACUCUCAUUCAUUGAGACAUCAGCUUUGGAUUCCACAAAUGUUGAAACGGCCUUCCAAAAUAUUCUUACAGAAAUCUACCGCAUCGUGUCUCAGAAGCAGAUCCCGGACAGCCCGGAUGAAGACACACCGUCCGGGAACAUGAAACCCAUCCAUGUGGAGCCAACAGAUGAGAGCAGUGCAGCCAAGAAAGCUUGUUGUACACCAUAAGGCUCACCACUAAAAGAAACAGUAACAGCAAAAAGAGAGAAACCUAACAGAGACGUGAAACUGAGGACUUUUUUCAGUAAGUGAUUGAUUGAAUGACUGAUGGGAAGUAUAUGCCACAGAAGAAACUUGCUGGAAGCCAGUGACUGUCUGAGGUGUUGUGGAGAAUAGAAGAAUGAAAAUGAAAUUAUGCGGCGGACAACGAUGAUGACUUCUUAUCAUGUACUCAGUAGUGCAUCGGGAGAUUGUCAGUAAUAAUUAUUAAAUCAUAAAUAGCAAGAUAUUUCUUUGUGUUAUGUAUUAUAAAAAUGUAAAAUUAAUAAACUGGUCGGCCUUCUUUGUUCCAGUGCUCUUCAAUUAACAAUGGCACCACUCAGAUUUGAAGUUAAAUGCAGUUAAAAUACAAUGAUGUAGAUCACGAGUUAUAUGCAAUACAUUCCAUGCAUUACUGUUGCGAUGUGAAGUGGAAUUAAUUUUCUUAUGCCGCAACAAUGAUGUUAAUGGAAAGUUUAAUUUAUUUAUAUGCACCAAUGAUAUAGAAUGUUGGUUGAUUUGAAUUAAGCCCUGUGUAGAUUUCCUCUUACUUUAUGUAUAUGACUUGUCCUGUGAAAAUUGACUUGGAAAAUCACGGUUUUCGUCCUCAUUUUGUACUUGGUUUUGUUUGGAAAUUUCAACUGUGUGAUUCUUCCUGUAGUUCACUGCUGAGAUGCAGUGUCAUUCUGUUUUGCACAGAACAGUCCAUUAUGUUAAAGGGUAUCAUAUUGUAAAACAUGCUAGGCACAUAAAUUUGAUGUUUCGAAGCAAGAUGUAAGUGGAACUGUCUCAUGCAUCCAUAUUUUUUUAUGCUUCUGUUUAAGAUGUAUAUGCAAUUUUUCUUAGGUAUAAAUUUUUGCCUGGUGCUGUGUGGAGUGGGAGAAUAAGUAUUCACAUGACCCACUGUGUUAGAGCAAUGUCAUAGGUUAUUUUGAAUUUGAUGGUUAUCUUGGAGAUGUAAAAUAAAUCUUUUCUGCUAAACCACUGUAUUGCUUCAUAAACAAAUUUGCCCAUCUAUUUAUCUGCUAACACAUUAUGCUAAAAGCCAUGGUUGUAAUACCGUAUGUUUUGAAAUAUUUGCGAUCAUAAGCCCCUGUUGUUGUAAAGUGAAAUUGUGACCCAAAUAAAUUCAUUUGUUUGGUAUGAAUGCAGA